AUGUCGAUGCUGGCUGAGCGUCGGCGGAAGCAGAAGUGGGCUUUGGAUCCAAGAAAUACCAGGUGGAGUAAUGAUGAUUCCAAGUUUGGCCAGAGGAUGCUGGAGAAGAUGGGGUGGUCUAAAGGAAAGGGUUUAGGGGCUCAAGAGCAAGGAGCCACAGAACAUAUUAAAGUUCAAGUUAAAAAUAACCAUCUGGGACUUGGAGCCACGAUCAAUAACGAAGACAACUGGAUUGCUCAUCAGGAUGACUUUAACCAGCUUCUGGCUGAACUGAACACUUGUCAUGGACCAGAAACAGCAGACUCUUUGGACAACAAGGAAAAGAGAACGUUCAGCCUUGAGGAAAAGUCCAAAGUCUCCAAAAACCGUGUUCAUUAUAAGAAGUUCACAAAAGGGAAGGACCUAUCAUCUCGGAGCAGAACAGAUCUGGACUGCGUUUUUGGGAAAAGACAGAGUAAGAAGACUCCCGAGGAUGAUUCCAGUCCCGCCACUCCAGAUGGGAAUGAAAACUCCACUACGACAACCAGCACCUUCACCAUCCAGGAGUACUUUGCCAAGCGGAUGGCAGAGCUAAAGAACAAGCCACAGGUUGUUGCUGCAGGGCCUGACCUUCCAGAGACCCAAAUGGAAAGGAAAAAGGGAAAGAAAAGAAAGAAAGAGGCAAAAAAUAAAAAUGUGGAGAAUUACACCCAACCCAAGACCAAGAAAAAGAGAGACCAAGCUGAGCAGCAGCUUGGAGACCCUCAGGGGGACAAGAAUUCUGAUGCUUCUGCUGAGGAUGGAGAAGACUGUAUGUGGCCAUUUGAUGUCCAGGACUUACCACCAAAGCCCAAAAAAAAGAGAGAAAAGAAAAAGCUACAAAAGCAGGUUGAGGCAGCAAUGGAUGCUACUGUGGAUGAAACACCAGUGAAAAAGAAGAAGAAAAAGAAGAAAGAUUCCAAGUAAAUUCUCUUGAGCCAGGGCCUUCCAACCACUCAGGUGUCAGGGCACUGCCAGGCUGCCUUGGCCUGGAGUCAGAGCAGAGUUCACCCAAGAGAGUGUGUGCACAUCUUUUAACAUGCCCGCGGAUUGCUGGGUCUCGCCCUCUCACCACAUUUUCCCCAAACCAUUUUCCAAGGACUUUUUAAUGUUCCAAAUCAUGACUCUCAUGAACAAAUAAAUUUCUUUGUAGACUCUGA